GAGUUCAACACGUCCGGCUCCAGUAACACAGACACAGGGAAGGCUGCAGGGAGCCUGGAGACCAAAUACAAGAUGAAGGAGCUGGGCCUCAGCUUCAACCAGAAGUGGAACACAGAUAACACGCUGGCCACCGAGGUCACCGUGGAGGACCAGCUGACUCAAGGACUGAAGAUCGCCUUGGACACGUCUUUUGUACCAAACACAGGUAAGAAGAGCGGAAAGCUGAAGACGGGCUACAAGCGUGACUAUGUGAACCUGGGCUGCGACGUCGACUUCGAGGGUCCCAUCAUCCACGCCGCCGCGGUGCUGGGCUACGAGGGCUGGCUCGCCGGCUACCAGAUGGCCUUCGACACGGCCAAAUCCAAACUGGCCCAGAACAACUUCGCCCUGGGAUACAGGGCCGGAGACUUCCAGCUGCACACCAACGUGUGAGUGCUGCGCUCCUCUGUGGAUCUGCAGGGAGCUGUGAAAAAAAACAACGCCAGAAUCAGAGUUUUA